AUGUUCAAAACAAUUGGAGGAUUGUUUCGCAGACAAGAUCAAGAAAGCUUGAUCAAGGAGUACACUAAGGACUUGGCUUCUAUAACCUCCAAAAUACACCAACUUGAUCAAUCUUUGAAAAGAAAAGAUGUCACACAGAGCAAGUGGCAAAGGCGUCUGAACCUCCAUGGUAUGAGCGCCAUCGUGCUACUUAAUGCCGUAAACUAUAUCCAGAUAGGCAGCAGACAAAUAUUUGCGCUGUAUGCUGUUUUGUCAAUUGCAUUCUUCAUUCUGCUUAAAUGGCUUUUAAGAUGUUGGUUCAACUUUUCAAAUGAACGUACCAUCAAGAAACUUGAUCAAUUGAAGGUGGAUCAUCAAGAGAAGCUAGAGAAUCUAAAGCAAAAGACACACUUCUAUUCGACAAAUUCUCUCAUACAAAGGUUUUCUUCUGGAGAGCAACAAUCGGAAGAUGCUAUCACGCUGAUGGACGAAGAGAUGAAAAAUAAGCACGAAGAGUUAGACAAACUUCAGAAGGAGCUUGAAAACUUGAAAAAACAAGGCGAUUCAAGUGAAUCACAAGAGCAAAGAGAAAAAUGGUUUGACAAAGUUCUUGGAGUGUUGUCAGGCGGUGACAUACAACUUGAUCGACAAAUCAAACCCAUUGUUUGCGCAGAAUGUGGCAAGAGUACUGGUUGUUACACAGUUCUAGGAGCUCCGCUCAAGUACGUGUGCCCGCUAUGUGGGUGGAAAUUUGAUAGCAACGAAAUUGACUCGACUGAAGAAGAUAAAAAACGUGCGACUGAUAAAAAACAACUAGAUAUUUCAAAUCCUACGUAUAACUAA